CUUUGUCUAAUCAUCUUCUCUUUUUUACAAUGUCAACCAGAUUCCGGUAGUUUCUCUUCCCACCCACCCCUAUUCUGUUUAUAUAUAUGUGGUGUAUAAAUACAACUCUCACUUCAUAAAUUCAGUUUCAUGUAAAACCAAUAAAACAAGUAGUCUACUCAAGCUUUUCAAGUUGAAACAAGAACAAGAGAGCAAGAACUAUACUGGACAAAAGAAGUAGUGGACAUGGCUGAUGAAUUUCAAGCAGGAGUUUGUGGAGGAAACUGGUGGAAUUCAAGUAGAAGUAUUUUUGGUUCAUCACUAUGUGCAGCAUCUUCUAUAGGAAACAACUUUGCAUGGCCAAAUAAUGACUUGUUGGAUAUGAAAUCCUCCUGCAGGUCUAAUGAUGAAUCUGGUAAUUCUGAUGAUUCUGUGGUUCUUCAAGAAUUACCCAAACAUGACUCCACUCUACAAAUGUUGGGUAUUGGCCUUUCUUCAUCAUCAACUUCUUCAACUCCUGAUUGGAAUCAUACCAUGAUGCAUGGAAAUGAGAGGGGUGAUAGCAGUUAUCCUUCAAUACUACAAGAAGACCUAAAUUCAAGCCUGAAUUACAGGCAAGAAACUGGGGUUGAUUGUUCUCAUGAGCUGGGAAAGAAUUUUUCUACUAUAACUGAAGAUUCUUCAAACAACUCAUUUAAACAUCAAGAUUUUACUUUAGGCAUGAAUCCAAUCACUAGCUCAACUCAUACUGAUCAAUCCACUGUGAUAUCUUCAAGCUUUCCAAUGAAUUCUUCUUUUUCUAAUUAUCCUUCAGCUUUACUUCAGACCUUAUUUGAUAAUGAUCCUCCUCCUCCUCCUCAACAGCAACCACAACAACAAUCUUUCUUUACUAAUAAUAACCAACCAAUGAAUUUCCCAGUAUCCUUAAACUAUAGGCCAAAUUUGAAUGAUCACUUUUCACCUUCUUUGCCUAAAUUCCCACCCUUGUUGAGGCCUUCUUUACCAAAACAAACACCUUCUAGUUUUCCUUUCACUAAUCCCACAUCCUUAAACAAUAUGCGCGGCAAUCUUUUGCCAUCUAUGCAUUCACAAUUGCUGCUGCAAUCACCAACAUUUCACGAGAAAUCCAGUGUUCCUAACAAUUCUGCCAAGUCUAAUGUAGAAGAAUUGCGAGAGUCGAGGGCUAAGAAAAGUGGGAAUAGUGAACCAGCAUUCAAGAGGCCAAGAAUGGAGACACCAUCACCAUUGCCAACUUUUAAGGUCAGAAAAGAGAAACUGGGGGACCGGAUAACUGCUAUCCAGCAAUUGGUUUCACCUUUCGGAAAGACUGAUACAGCUUCAGUUCUCCAUGAAGCUAUUGAGUACAUCAAGUUUCUCCAUGAUCAAGUCAAUGUUCUUAGUACUCCAUAUUUGAAAACUGGAUCACCCCCUCAACACCAACAGAGUGCUGAUAAGGUUAAGGAACAAGAAGGAUCAAAACAAGACUUAAGGAGCCGAGGGCUGUGCCUAGUACCAAUAUCAAGUACUUUCCCUGUAGCAACUGAGACUACUACAGAUUUCUGGACUCCAAAUUUCGGUGGUACAUUCAGAUAAGAGACUUAUAAUCAAUGAGGAGAAGUGAUUUAUAGCUAAUUUGGUAAUUAUAUUUUGGAGAAGAAUUAAGGAUUAAUGCACAUUGGUAUCUUAGGAAAAAAAGCAAGAAAAAGGAAAAGGAGAAAAGAAGUGACUAUUCAAAAGACGACAGCCAAUGCUGGGCCAUGAUCUACAGGCAGAAUGAUGUGUUUGUAGGCUAAGUACAUGAUUAUUAUAGAGGAUAAUGUAGAGCUGUAAUAACAAUAAUAAUCUAGGUUUAGGAACAGGAACAGGUGCUAAAUUUAGCUGAGAGUUUUAGAUUAGUUUAUUUAACAAAAUUGUUAUGUUUGUGUUGUUGUGGGUGUUGGUUGGGCUGAAUUUAGCACAGGAUAGAAAACUUUUUGUUCCUGUUUCUAUAUUUAUAUAUUUAAGCUUAUGAGUUAUUAUGA